UACGCAGCAACGAGGGCCAGUCGGGGCCCAACCCGGAGCCCAGCGACAAGCGGGACCGCCGGGUGGACGACUCCAGGGGCGGCUUCGUGCUGAAGAUGAACUCUGCGGAGCCGACGGUGAGGAGGCGGUCCCUGGGGUCGGGAAACAUCAAGAAGGGGCUCUUCACUAUAAAACUUAAGAAACAACGAAGCACCGGCGACUUAGAGAAAAGAGGCGGAUCCGGUAGCAUAAGAUCGACAGGUUCCUCAGCCUCCUGGGUCAGUACCGAUUCGGCGCAGUCAGCAGUGACGAAUGCUUCCCAACCGUCCGAAUCGAACGCCAGUUUCGUCAUAGAGGACGAGACGAUGGACCCAAGCGUGACGGAGACCUACAUGGGCGAAUGGAAGAACGACAAACGGUCCGGAUACGGCAUCAGCGAGCGGUCCGACGGCCUGAAGUACGAGGGAGAGUGGUACGCGAACAAGAAGUACGGCUACGGCGUGACGACCUUCAGCAACGGCGAGAAAGAGGAAGGCAAGUACAAGAACAACGUACUGAUCACCAGCCAGAAGAAGAAACUGUUCCUGAUGAGGAGCGCCAAGUUCCGGGAACGGAUAGACGCCGCCGUAAACGCGGCGCAGAGGGCGUCGAAGAUCGCCCUCCAGAAGUCAGACAUCGCGAUUAACCGGACGGCCACAGCGAGGGGAAAAGCCGAACAGGCAGAUAUAGCAGCUGCGCACGCGAGAGAAGACUCUGAUAUAGCAGAUACAGUGGCCAAGCAAUACGCCCCAGACUUCAGACAACCCGGACUGGAGAGGUUGAAGGAACGAAGGGAUAAGUACCUAGAGAUGCAGAAGCACAACCAAGACCUGAUGCAGAUGGGGCUAGAGAAGAAAGGGAACCCCGCCAGCCUCAAUCCGGGACUGAACUCGAUAGAGAACACUAUUCCAAACCACACCUUACCGAACAACAUCGGCAACAAACCCCUAGGCCCGAACAUCCCCAAUCAAACACCCUACCAGCAACUACCACACAACAACUCGACGUACCAACAGAACUACCAACAAAACUACCAACAGAACUACCAGCAGAACUAUCAGCAGGAACAAGCGAAACUACAACAACAGCAGAACUACCAGCAGAACGAUCAACAGAACUACCAACAAGACCAGAUGAAACUACAACAGAAGAACUAUCAGCAGGACCAGGCGAAGCUCCAGCAGAAGAACUACCAGCAGCAGAACUACCAACAGCAGAACUACCAACAGCAGAACUACCAACAGCAGAACUACCAGCAGCAGAACUACCAGCAGCAGAACUACCAGCAGCAAAACUACCAGCAGGAGCAGAUGAAGCUGCAGCAGAAGAACUACCAGCAGGAACAGCAGAAGCUGCCCAAUAAUCCCGGAUACAGCUGGAAGUCGCCGACGAACUCCGUGGAGAACAACCCGGGCAACGAGUACCCCACGGGGAUGAACAAGCCGAGGCCGUCUCUUGCGGGGGCGGCAGAGGAUAAUAAUCUGGGAAUGGGGCCCAGGAGGAGGGUGUCCGCCGACCGGCCGUAUCUGGGGACUAUAGGGUCGCAGAGCUCGAAGGAGUACCUGGAGCAGUACUCGCGGCCGCCCAGCGUGGAUCCGAGCCUAGGGAGCAACUCGAGAGACAGCCGGUACGCCAGAGCGACCGCCCGACUGACCAACGCGAUGAACUCGCGGCAGCCGUCCGUGGACAGGACGCCGGCGACCCUCCGCCCAUCCGAGACGCCGGACAGGUCGCUGAGGGCGCCAUCGGCCGUGAGGGGCACCACCCCCGUCCCUACGGUCGCCGACGGCGUAGGCAGCGCGAGGAACGGGUCGGUGAUGACGGGCAACGCGACCAGAGCCGCCGCCCCGUCGGGCGGCAACCCGUCGCCCACCAAGCAACCGCCCUUCGAGGACAUCAUCCUGAGGAAGAGGGGCCUCGGCCAGGACAUCAUUCCCUCCCCGAACCAGCCCAAGCGGACGGAGAGCCUUUUCAUUCCCGGGCAGUCCAACAACAACCCCCCGAGCGCUGUUAAGGUCAGCGCUAAACAGGAUUGGUUCUCGCGUCAACAGUUGGUCCUUGUAGUCCUGUUCAUCAACAUCUCGCUGGCCAUAAUGUUCUUCAAGCUGCUGACAUAGUACAGGUUGAGCGUCUAGGGGACGCUAAACACGGCCAUUGUUAUAAACAAGAUUAAAAAAAAAACUAGACAAUUAAUGUAUUGUUCUCUAAUCAAAAGGACGUAUUUUUACAGCAUCUCUAGCUACGUCGCGGUGGCGACAUACUUCAUAUUCGCGUGUAAAAUGCUGUGUCGUUUUGGGAACAUUUUCCGCUGUUGGAUUUUUGUCAGAUUUUAUGAAAUGUUUAUAGACGUGUCCCGUUGUAUCACUGGCUAUUCAGUCAGGUUUAGCCGGCCGCUUUUCUAUGGCACCCGUUUAUAAAAAAAUCCUAACCACAACGUAUCAAGUAGAAAAUGCGGUUAAAGUAUCAUCAACCUGUUUUGCUUAGUCCAAUCAUAGUUGUUAUCCCACUUCUGAUGCUCAAGUUAGCUUAUGAACGAGUGCCAUGAAAAGCGUUAUAUUUUUCGUUAUCCAGUGAUAGAACGAGACGAGUAAUCAAAUUAUUUAUUAUAUUUGACUUGUUAUUAUAAGCGUUAGAGCAAAAUAUAUUUUAGUUGUAGCUUGUAUAUCAUUAUAUUAGACUCUAAGUCAACCAAAUUAUAUCUCGAGACAGGCUGAGGAUGCUCAGUUUCAGCAGAGAUUGCUUGACAAAAAAUCUUUACAAUCCUUAAAUUGUUCCGUGUUCAGGUCGAUUCUUUUUGCUAGGAAUCGCAAUCCUUUCAUUCUCUUUAUUCUGUCAUAUAAAAGUAGGUCAUAAUUUGUCAUUGAGAAUUUGUGGCAAAUUGACGUCACGUCAUGAUGACUCUUUUGGAAGAAAGUACACAGUGUCCCAAGGAGAGAUUUAGCUAUAAGAACCAUGGAAAAAUCUAGCGCACCUUUUUCUAAGAUUUCGACAAUGCGUCCUAAUCUUUUUUAAACAAAAAAUGUUAUGUUGAAAUUAAGCUUCGAAAUAAUUUGCUAUUUCUAUUUUUGUAAAGGCUAGAUUGAAUGAAUAUUCCUUAUCCCUAGAGUUAGUAUUUUAUACAUAUAACUUUACACUAAAUUUCUAAACCUGAAUUUUAUUUCAAUUUUCGGUUUGUUUUAAUCAUUUUAUGCACCUAUUAGUUGUAGAAUAUCGCUGUAGGGGACGUUUUAUUUUCUAUUUUCAGUUCCUUACAUUCAUAUAAAGGUACACGAAUUGGUGGGGCAGUAAAUAUUCCCAUUGUGAAAUCUAACGACGUAUUCCACCCUACAUUUCUUACCAAAGCCUAUUGGAACAAAAACUAUUAGACCAGACACCUGAAUUCGUAUAACAUUACCAAUAUGUGUUGUAUAUCGCGUAUGUCGCAUAAAUGGUUGUAAAAUGGCAUAACCGGCUCCUCUUCAAUAAAAAAUGAUGAAGACUUCUUAAUACUCCAACUAGAGAAAACGUUUUAGAAAAAGAACUCGGUAUUUUGGUGUGUUGCUGCAAUCUACUUCAAAAAAUCUUGUCUUAUGGUCAUUCUAAGUGAGUUUACAAAUUUUUUUUUAAAGAAACAGUUUUAAAAAUUGCUUUUCAGAAAUAGGAUGAAUUUGCAUGGUUAUUCGGAGAUGUUUUCCAGUAUUAGACGAUGAAUAGUUAAGCGACCAAAGAUGAAAGCAAUGAACGCUUCUACUGUUGCCUAACAAGUCUCUAAUAUUUCUAACAUCCCGCAAUACUUAAAUGUGUUUGAUAUUUAAAUUAUAAUUUUAGGAUUUUCGACUGAACCCAAUUAUUCUAAUUUAUUAAGCGGCUUGACCGUCACAACAUCUAGUAUAACGAAUUCUGGAAUAUAAUUUAUACCUUUUAGUGUUAGUAAAACUCUCAGAAGCUGAUAGGAGGAAAAUCCAACAUGUAAAAAAUCAUGCUAAGAAUAAACAUAAUCACUGAACGAUUUAAAUUAAUCCAAUUUUUAUAUUCAGAUGGCCUAAAUUUCUUUUUAUUAUAUGCGGAGCAAAGAAUGUUUAAAAACAAAUAAGUAGAAUUUCAAAACCCACUUCCAGUCAACAUUUUGAUGAUUUUCUACAUCGUUGACGUUUCCUUAUCGCGGUUUCUUUUUUUUUCUAAAGUAAGCUAUACCUUGAUUUUGUUAAUACGUAUUUGUAAGAAUCUCUUGCAGGCGGGAGACAUAUACGAAAUGGUUUGUACCUAGAUAAGUUAUUAAAUUAUAUUAUAUAAUAUGGUAAAUUAAGUUACGAAAUUCAAAAAUUUUUCACUGUUUAGCUCCUACACGAGAGAAUUACUAUACUUAUAAAUUUGUAAGAAAGUUUUCUAAACUAUUUUUGCGUGCCUUGUUCAUCUUUAUAAGUGAAGUAGUGUUUGUAAUUUGUGCAAACAUAUUUGUAUGAUAUGAGCAUUAUAAACAAAAUUUCUAGAUUUAUAUGGAACCGAUAAUAUUGUGUACUAAAUACGAUGUGUCUAUCACUUUAUAUUUUCAAUUAAAAUAAACAAAAGGGCCGACUACAUUCUUCCCUUAGUCAUAUUGACUUUUA